CAAGCCUCAACAACCACAGGGAAGAAAAGGGAAAAGCUGAGAAAAUUGAACAUGGUUGGUGUGCAAAGAAUAUUAAAAGGAAAAGCAUUGAAAACCACAAUAUUAGUGGGUUUUGAUUGAUGUGCAAUGUCCUUGUUUGAGGGAGUUAAGAACGACCUGCAGUUUUCCCAUCAAGACAGCAUGGGCUUUCAUGGCUGGCUCAACAAUGAAACUAGAGAAAAUAGCAGGUCUUGUAAAUUCUGCUCAGAACCUGCUGGUUACUGUGAUUUUGCAGAGGCCCCAUUUGAGGAGAGGAAGAGGUUGGUUGACAUUAGAAACUCAGUGAAGGAAGUUGAGAACAUGUUAAUGGUUUUACAGAGAAUGGGUUCUUGGCAGCAGAUGGACAGGCAUGCAGCCUUCACCAAUUUGGAAGAAAGCAGAGUAAAUCUAUCAGCAAAGGUGGCAGAACAUAAAGGAAGGGCACUUGAUGUGGUGACAGAAUUGAAAGCAUGUUUUGGCAAUGAAAACAAUGUCCCUUUCAAUUGGGAUUUUAAAGAGACAUUGAAAGAAAAAGCUGAACCUGCUGCUCACAGCAGAAGGUUUCUCACUGAUUGCAUUAGAAAGUUGUUCAUCUCAAGGAAGUGGCAGAGAGUUGGUUUUGCUGUGAAACUGGUCAUGGUGUCUGCUAGCAUUUUCUCUCUAAUGGCAGCUUAUCAUAUCAGGCAAUUACUAUACAACAGCUCCAGAAAAAGGAUCCCAUUUGUGGUUUCGAAAGACGCAGGAAAAAUUGCCAGUCUAUUAACCAUCUCAAAGAGCCCUCUUGACGUCUUUUGUGGCAGGGGAUGAUUCUUACUUUGAUUUCACUCAUACUCAUACUUUGUUGUUGAGAAAAGUUUCCGGAUUGUAUCUCUUUGUCUUGGCUCUAUAAAUUUAUUUAUUUAUUUUUUUCAUGUAACACGUGCUAUCCACUUGUAAGAAUAGAAUAGGUAGUUAUCAUUUGUAUGAUAAUGAAGAAAUACUACUUUAUAUAAUACAACCGCUAUUAAAAUAAAAAUAAAAAUACAUAUUAAAACUUGAA